AUGCCACGCCCAUUGUUGAAGGACAACUUCAAUGUCACGUAUCGCAAGAUUCCAGUUUUGGCAAUUAAUAAAGAGAUUUACAUCGACACUUCGCUCAUUCUGGAAGCUCUCGAAGCACAGUUUCCCGGCACUGAAGGAUAUGGCACACUAUAUCCAAACAACUCACUCCGACCUCUCAUACGAGGUUUUGGUUCAUACUGGACAGACAGACCAUUCUUCCGGGUGACAACAGGAUUGAUCCCUGGAAGUGUGUGGCGGACGCACUUUGGUCAGGACCGAAGCAACCUGAUCGGACAUACACUAGAUGCUGAGAAGCUCGCGCAAAAGAUUCCCCUUAACCUUAGUGACCUUGAUCUUCAUCUCAGUAUCCUGGAACCCUUGCUUCAGGAUGGUAAAUACUGGCUCUUCGGCACGCAGAAGCCCAGCGCCGCUGAUAUUGGGUUGUUUUACCAGCUGGACUGGGGAGAGAAGAUCUCUCGAGGUGAGGGUGUUAAUGAUCUCACGGGUGGAGGAGCACCGGACGGGGAUGGAGAGGGGAUGCAAUUGGUCUUCAAUUCUGACAGAUACCCGGCGCUGUCUGCAUGGUUUCAGAGGUUCAAAGAUUAUGUCAAUGCCCUACCGUCCACGGAACAACGGGUUGAAAGGGACGACGAUGCGAGUAUUCAGCAAAUGCUCGACAUGAUAAGGUCAAAGGCCUUACAAGCUACAACACCCUUGAUUCCUACCCCGGCUACCUCGCUCGAGAGUCUUCAUCACCGCAAUGGUCUCUUGUUGGGUAGUCAAGUCUCCAUAGCCCCAGAUGACACCGGCCGAGGAAGUCCUACGGUUGGGGACUUAAUUGCCAUCACAGCUGAAGAGGUGGUGAUUUCCCCACAGGAUAUUGGUGGCAAUGUGCCUUCGGUGGGGGAGAUUCGUAUUCACUUUCCUAGGCUUGGGUUUGUUACUCGGCCUGUUACUAAAUCUAGGUUGUGA